AUGUUAUUUCCGGGAUUUGCUCUGGAAUCAACAGUCGGUGUUCCAGUGGAUGCAUUCACCAUAGAUGAAGAUGUUAUCUUGCGAACGGUGGUAGAAGCAGCGUCCGAUUAUGAUGGCUGGGCUAGGAUCUCUACCAUCGGUCGCCUCCUCACAAAAAGUUGUCCUGACUUCGGCUCUCGUACCUACGGAUACCAGAAGCUCAGCGAUCUCAUUGCUGCCUCCCCUUUGUUUGAAACUACCCGCCGCUCCCUACCAAAUGACUUCACAGAGAUCUUCGUACGUGACAAGCGUAGGGAGCCUGAAGAGUAG